AUGGACGGCCUUAGCUUUGUUGAUAAAGGGAAAAUACCAGAUGGUUACAAAAAUGAAAUAGAUCAAUUAGUAAAGAAGGAAUUUGCGAAUAUAAAAAGAGAGCCUGUUCAUCCCGAAAUACGAGGUAUACUUGCGAAGAGAAAGGGGGCCGAUAAUAGUGUUUCUACGCUUACAAAUGCAUUGUACACCGAAUACUUGAAACAACGUAAUAACAAAAAAAGGCGAACACCGGAUUUUAAUGACGACGAUGAUACUUUAUUUUUGGAAGAGUAUAGAAGGAAAUACCCGAGGAUUGAUACUUCCAGAUACAUACCGAACGAGUCUUCCGAAGUUAGCUUGUUAGGAAUUGUAGAUUCUUAUUUAAAACAUCAGGAAAUAGUUUUGGAUACACUUCUACCGCAAACGGUAUCGAAUCAAUGGAGAAUUAAUAAUGAUUAUAUUCGUCAAACGUGUACUAUAGUGGAAGAAAUGAACAUCCAGCAGAGGAAACAAAUUAACGAUUUGGAAAUAUACAGAAAGAGGUUAUAA